AUGGGCGGCACGUUAUCAAUUCGAGGACAAAGCUUUGUCCCCUUGACCGGCAAGCUUGUUGCAAUUGAUAUCGAUUCUCUUCAAGAGGAUAAGACUACUGUCUACCAAGCCCAUAUUGGCAUCUCUAUUAUUGAUGCUCAAUCUUUGCUUCAUCCUAGCCCCGACAAUCUUGCAGCAAUCGAAUCCCAUCAUCUUGUUGUUGGAAGCCCUAAAUUUAAAAGAAUAAAGGCUAACCGAUUCCUAUUUGGAGAUUGGGAACAUGUACCUCGGGAGGAUAUUAAGCAACAUAUCGAUAAAAUACUUCAAGGCCCUGAAACAACUCUUGUAUUCCAUGAGGGAGGCCGAGAGAUCUCGGUACUCGAAAAACUCGGCAUUCAACUCAGCCAGUACAAAGUUAUUGAUACAACAAUCUUGGUGCGGUCACCGGCAUCUCCACGUUACACAUACUCUCUAGAGGCGCUGCUGGAAGAACUCGAGAUACCUUUCGCGAAUCUCCAUUCUUCUGGGAACGAUGCGCAUUUCAUCCUCAGGGCUCUGUUGAUGCUGGCUGUCAGAUACGCUGAAGGCCAGCAAGAGGCUAAUCUUCCAGGCUGGGCACAGACGGCCCGAGAGAUUUCCCAAGCCCCGAGGCCACUGACAAAGGCGGAGAAUGGGGAGACAACAGAAGCCAAACGCAAGCCUCGGAAAAAGACGAACAAGAAAACAAAGCGCGGAGGCGUCCCCGCUGCCGUCACCGAAGAGGCGAGAGGAGAAAAACCAGGUGCUAAUCCACCAUAG